CUCCACACACCAUGUCACUUCACCAGGUUGUUCACAGGGCGUAUCUCAGCAAAAAGAGGCCUCCCAUGGCACUGAUGAACGGUUCUUGUUGCUCGAGGUCAGAGCCAGUCAAGACCAACAGUCGAGAUAGCCUCGUAUCAACCAUUGCCCACAACGGUCAACUCCGACUUAGACGGCCCCUCUUCCUUCCUGAUCAAGCUUGCGAGUAA